CCGGGCAGUGGGCGAGGGAAGCCGCUGUGGAGGUCCAGGAUGGCGGAACCGGCGUCCGGACGCGUGUGGACCUCACAGGGAAAACAAAUGGAAGCCCUGCCUGAUGCAGCUGUUUUGGCGACUAGACUUAAAAACACUCUCAUCCAAUACCACAGCCUUGAAGAUGACAAGUGGCGAGUUGCUAAGAAAAUGAAAGAUGUAACAAUUUGGAGGAAACCUUCAGAAGAAUUUAAUGGAUAUCUCUUCAAAGCCCAAGGUGUUAUAGACGAUGUCAUCAAUAGUGUAAUAGACCAUAUACGCCCAGGUCCCUGUCGCUUGGAUUGGGACAGCUUAAUGACCUCAUUGGAUAUUUUGGAGUACUUUGAAGAGAAUUGCUGUGUGAUGCGUUAUACUACUGCUGGUCAGCUUUGGAAUAUAAUUUCCCCAAGAGAGUUUGUUGACUUCUCCUAUACUGUGGACUAUAAAGAAGGGCUUUUAUCCUGUGAGAUAAGUCUUGACUGGAGUGAAAAGAGAUCAGAAUUUGUUCGUGGAUAUAACCAUCCCUGUGGUUGGUUCUGUGUUCCUCUUAAAGAUAGUCCAAACCAGAGUCUUUUGACAGGCUAUAUUCAGACGAAUCUGCAUGGAAUGGUUCCCCAGUCUGCAGUAGAUACAGCCAUGGCAAGCACUUUAAUCAACUAUGGUGAUUUACAAAAAGCCUUACAAAAGGCAUAA